AUGCCGCAGGGGGCGGAGUCUUAUUCGACAGGGGGCGGGGCCCCAAGCCAAGGGGCGGGGGCUGAUCAAGGAGGAGGUGGGGCCCGGAGUCAGGGACUGGGGCCAGGGCUAACGGACCUUGGAGCUCCGGGGGCGGAGCCGGGACCCACAGGGGGUGGGGCCGUGAUAGGGGGCGGGUCCCUGGGCCUGGGGGCGGGGCUGGUCCCGCGGAGACGCGGAGCCAUAGGCCAGGGGGCGGACCCUAGCUUGGAGGUGGGCGGGGCAUCUGGUCCUGGGGCGGAGCCCCCGAAGGGCGGGGCCCAGGCACCCGGGCUGGCGGUGGGCCUGGGGGAUCGCCCUGGGGCUGGGAGCCGGGGAGGCCUCCGAGGAGGGAGGGCCUGGGGCCGAGGUCGACCCCGGACUCCCCCAGGAGAGGUGGUGUGGGUAGAAAGGGAACAGCGGGCACCAGACCCGGACCCCGUGUGGGUGCCCCGAAGGCCCCCGCGGGCUCAGAGCUGGGGGGGCGCCCCUGGGGGUGGCAGGGGGCAAGCCUGGGGGGUAACCUCCGAGGACAGGGGCCCUCCAGAGCCCCCGGGAGACGUGUGGGUCCCCAGGGGGCGUCCCCCAUCGGUUGGAGAAGUGUGGGUGUGCUGGGCGGGAGGGGCCUGGGUGUGGCGGGAGUGGGGGGUGCCCGUGGGGCCUGCAGAGGGGCAGCCGGAGACGGUCUGGACCUUGCGGAAGGGGGAGGCCACCAAGGGCGCAGGAGGAGACUGAAGGGCAAGGGAUCAGGGC